AUGAAGGAAGCAUAUAUCGACAAAGACCUGAACGUCGAGAUUCGUGACGUUCCCGUGCCUGCAGUCGGGCCGGGCGAUCUGCUCAUCCGCACAAUUGUGUCAGGCACAAACCCUAAGGACUGGAAAAUGCCUAAACUACUUGGAGGGGACGCAGCGAAUCAUGGCGAUGACAUCUCCGGUUAUGUUGAGGCAGUCGGCGAAGGAGUUACGGGGUUCCGUCCCGGCGACCCUGUUGCUGCCUUCCACCAGAUGUUUGCUCCCCAUGGUAGCUACGCGGAGUACUCAGUGGCGACCGCCAAGGCAACGUUCCAUCUUCCCGUUACCACGACCUUUGAAGAGGGUGCCACAAUCCCGCUUGCUGGCAUGACCGCUGCUCUUGGCGUCUAUCGGAGACUCCAGCUGCCGCUACCAUGGGACCCGGUCACUGUCCCAACACCCCUAGUGGUCAACGGAGCCGCAACGGCUGUGGGAGCCUUUGCUAUCAAGUUUGCAACCCUGUCUUGCAUUCAUCCCAUUAUCGCCAUCGCAGGGAAAGGCAUUCCCUACGUGGAGACCUUGCUUGACAAGAGCAAGGGUGAUAUCGUCAUCGACUACCGCCAGGGAGCCAAUCACGUCAAUGAGCAGCUUCAAAAGGCUGCCAAAUUGCUUGAUAUUUCUUACGCCUAUAACACUGUUUCUGAUAAGGCGAGUCUGGAAAUGCUUUGCAAGGUUGUCUCUCCAAAGGCCGGAAAGAUUAUGAGUAUCGUGCCCAAAGAGGACGAGGUUAUCGAGGGAAUCACGGUGCUGGGAUCUAAUGUUGGCACUAUCCACGCCCCCGCAAAAGUGGGAGCUGAGGUUGGGGAUGCAGAAUUUGGUGCCACCCUUUACAAUUUGAUCAGUCUUGGCCUGGCCGACGGUUGGUUUUCGGGACAUCCUUACGAAGUUGCGAAGGGAGGGCUGGCUGGACUGGAGGGUGCUUUGAAGGAUCUCGAGGCGGGUAAGGUGUCCGCAAAGAAGUAUGUCCUGCGCCUGGCGGAGACACCUGGGGUGUCUAAGGAGUAG